AUGAGUCUGGCGUGGUUGGCGCUGUUGGUGCUGGUUGGGGCGGUGACCACGGUUCGGGGGCAGCGCUGCGUGCCGCUGUCUCAGCCCUACCUGCGCUGGUGGCGUUGCCAGUGCGCCACGCAAGAUGGCAGCGCCAUCUUCACGACCACGCACGCGCUCAACGAUCUGCGUGCCUGGUCCACCAAGGUGGAGGUUGCCCCUGGCGUGUGCAGCAUCAGGGAGGCCCUGAUGCUGUGGGACACUGUGAAUGGUCGCUAUCGCUCACCGCCGUUCUACGCACCGCUUCCCCGACGCCCUGCGGCGAGCACAGCCGUGGAGUCGCACGCGCUGCGCCUGGGCUACGCGCGCUUCGGUGCCAGCCUGUACAAACUGCACCCGGAGGCGCUGGACUGGGAGGGGGCGCGCAGGGCGUGCGCCAGCGAGGGCGCGCACCUGGCCGUCGUCCACUCCAGCUACGAGGCCUCCGUUCUCCAGCGGCUGUUCGGGGCUCGCCUGCUCUACAAGGACUCGCCGCGCGCAGACUUCGCCUUCAUCGGAUUCCACGACCAGUUUAACGAGGGCCAGUACCUCACAAUUUACGGAGAACCUCUGUACACGCUGGAUUACUCUCGCUGGUGGUCGAAGGGUCCGGACAACGUGGGCCAGAAUUUCAUGGGAAAUCCAGGAGAAGACUGUGGGGCCAUUCACAGGGACGGCGGACUCAAUGAUCUCCCGUGUGGUCAGAAAAAUGCAUUCUUCUGCGAAGUGGAAACCAGCGAGUAUCUGUCACCUGCUGGCAUCGACUACAGCGCUGGAGUAUACAUUGGGGUCGAGGCCGUACCGAAACCACUUCCUGGACGAGUUCAGCGGAAAAGACCUGGGCCGGGUUACGAGCUGUUCCCAGGAGUGGGUUUCUACAAGCUGCAUACUACAACGGAUACGUGGGAAAAUGCACGCCGCAAGUGCGAGGCAGAAGGCGGCCACUUAGCCAUUAUCAACUCUGAAAUGGAAGCUUCGACGCUGCAGGCCAUAUUCAAGAGGCAUCCUGUCAUACAUGACACAGUGUGGAAUGACUUCGCACUGGUUGGAUUCCACGAUCAGUUUAAUGAGGGGCAGUAUGUCACUAUAUACGGUGAGCCAUUGUCAACUACAGGCUACCAUCGUUGGUGGUCUGUGAGCAGUCCUGACAACCUGGGCUAUAGCAGCAUAAGUGCAGGUGAAGACUGUGGUUCUGUUCAUCGCAAUGGUGGCUUGAAUGACAUUUCAUGCUACAUGAAACAUGCUUUUUUCUGUGAGCAGGAGUUGCUGGAAUAAUUUUUCACGGUUAAUUUAUGUAAAAAAGAGAUCUAUCUCACAUUAUCACUGGUGUUGGACUAUUUCUAAGAACACAAAGUAAUGAUUUAUUUUCUUUUUUAAAAAAUUCUGAUCAGCAGAUUAAUCAGAGUGCUUUAUUCAUGUUAUGCAGUUCAAAUUUCAAAUUGCAAACUGUGAGCUGAAGCAUCAUAUCUACUAAUGGGAAUCAUUAUCACAACAGCUUACUUCAAAGCAAUUUAACCAAUAAAACUUAAUUCUGCCAAUUUAAAAAGAAUGCUGUUUGGUCUGAUAAGAAAGUAGACAAGCCACAUCUCUCAGCCUUUGGGGGCAAUGAAGGUGGAAUUUAGUUGCAUGGACAAGGUUUCUAAAAGUCAGCAGCACCACUGUGGUUGGGAAUGUACAAAAUUCAGACAGACAUUUUUCCUGGAACCAAUAUGGAAGGAUAGGCAAAAGCAUCAAUUUAUUUCUGGAUAUAAGUCCUGAAAGUAAAAUGUUAGAAAGGGCAAUGGAGAGAGAAAGGAAAUAGUCAACGAGGAGUUUUUGACAGUGAAAUUAAUUUGUAAUAGUCACUCACAGAACAAGUAAAUAGCUGAAUUUGACUUUCAGUAACAAAUGUGAUGAUCAGUGCACUGAAAUACUGGGAGACUUGGUUGUGACUAAGCACAAAUCCCACAAAUGUUAUUCACUGACAUAUACACCACAAAGAAGUUAGCCACUGCUUUUAUUCAUACUAUCAGAAUAAGAAACAAAAGUUACUCUUAAUUAUCCUUCUACCUCUCAUCAUUAACCAUGCUUGUGAAAUGAAUUUUCUAUUGUGAUAUUUAUCUUUCAAAAAACAAAAAAUAAUAUUUCUGUCACUUAGACAUAUGAGGGUAAUUUUCUGCCACCUUAUGUAAAUGCUUACUUAUUGACUUCUAAUAUAUUAUAUUUGCUACAGAUUAUUUUUUAUACUGAAUUUAAAAAAUGUGGAGGCAGAUCUAAGUUGUUAUGACUGGUAAUUGCAUUAAUAGUUAACCAUUUAUGAACCUUAUGUUGAUAGUUUUUAUGUCUACACUAUUGUAUUUUAUAAAUGUAGAGCUUUGUAGAGAAUGCUUAACAAGUUUUGUAACUAUUAUUUGUGUUUUACAAAUCCAAGGUAUACAAUCCCUAAUAAUAAUAUAGGCUCUUUUCUAUAUCUAUGUAAUGGCUGAAAUAUUUUACAUGUUUAUUAUAACCACUUUAAUUGUAUAAUUAUUAUGUACUGCUGUACAGUCAACAGAUAAACGUGUAACCAGACCAUCUGCUGUGCUUGCCAAAUUGGUCUCAGUCAGCAGAAGAAUAGAAUUGUAUUUGGUACUAGAAGACCAAAGUCUACUUUUAAAUAUUAUGUAAUAUGUUUUAAAGAUGUGAAUUAAAGCUUACCUCACAUCAAAGUCAGAAGCAACUAACAGAUGACUUGGAUCUGAAAAGACAUUCUUGUUUUGUUGGUUCUUUUAUGAAAAUGAGUAAUCAUCAGGAUUAGCAUAUCUAUUAACUGAUCAUUACAAAAUUUACAUAUGCCCACAGUCCAUUCUACUGCCCCUCCAGCAUUUGAACAAGGGAUCUUAAAAACUGCCACCUUUCUUCACUGGCCCCUAUUCAUCACUUGUUACAAAUACAAUUCAUCAUUCUAAUGCUGCUCACUUAACAUCAAAAGUAUGAAAGUUUCUCCUCUUUAAUAGAGUGAGAAACAAUGUGAAAUCUUGUUGUGCACAUCUUCUUGUUCUUAUGGAGGGGGAAAAACACCCUCAAACACUGGACACAAAAGUAAGUUAAAUAUUCUAUCUAGGCAGGCAAUACUUAAAACAGAUGAUGCUGAAAAAUGAAUGUCACUAGCAGUUCCUUUGUUUUAAUUUCCUCAUUAUUUCUUCUGAAAACUUUAUUUUAUUCCUCUUUUUCACAUAAAUGAUCCUUUCUUUUUGUGCAUUUAAAUUUUUAUAAAGUUAAUUUCCUGUGGUCUUGUAGCAAGUACUGUGGACAGAUUUAUAGUUGCAUGUUUCUGGUUUACACAGCUGAAGUCAGAUUCCAUAAAAUUAUCCUCUCUUGUAUACAUGUCAUAUCAUAAAGCACCAAACCAAGAUUGUGGACAUUAGUGUAAAUGGCUUAAAUGGUUCAACAUUUUGCAGCAUGAUACAUUUUAGAACCCAAAAGAAUUUCAUACAAAGGUUUAAGGUUUUCCACUGGUUGUAUCCCCCCCACAAGUUUUCACCAUUUAGUCUUCACAUAUUCCAAAAGGAGUAUGUGCCAUAUGGACCGAACUGAAUCUGACUUCUGGAGGAUGCUGGUGACUUUCAAAUCUAGACAAAUAGUGGAAACAGUUUUCAUCCAUCUGAUUUUAUUUCCACUGAUAACUGGUUUCAGAUACAAUGAUAACGAUAACUGUAAAGCUGAAACCAGAUAUCUCUGCAAAUAAAAUAAAAUAUGAAAAAUAGAUGUAGGUUGUUUGUAAACACCACAAAUUAAACAUGCACAGCAUAUUUAGUACGAUGAUCAAUCUCAAAGCAAGGGCCCAUUUUAAAUUUAGUCAAAACAAAUGACUAUUUAUAUUGUCUUGCACUAUACUGAAAAGAGAAGUAGAAUGAGAGGUCUUUUGACUUCGUACUUGGACACAAUAAGUUUGCCUUCACCACCAGUCUGCAUCUUAAACACAAUCUGGAAAACUAAAAUGAGUGAGCAAUCAUUUUGUGCUUCAAUGGCAUAAUCUUCCAUGAUUUUGAACUUUCCAAAUUUGUGUUUAAAUUGUUGCACCAAUUUUAUCUUUCACACUCCAUAUCUUGAAGAGGAAUGUAUUUCUGCCAUUGGACACACUUUACUAUAUUUUCUAUCCCGUUUCCUUCUCUCUGUUUCACUUUUGUACGCACUGAAUU